CGGGACGUGGACGUGGACCACAGCUGGGGCGAAGCCGCGGGGGCGUCCGCGCGUCCCCGUCUGGGACGGAGCGCUGGCUCCUCUUCUGGGCCCUCCUCACCUCCACCUCCGCCUCCACCUCCGCCCUGCCCUACGGCCCGCCUGACGCGCCCUGUCCCUGCUUCAGACUACAGGUACCUGUACAGCCACUGCCCGGGCCCCGAGUGGAACGUGAUGUGCAGGGGCUGCUGCGAGUACGACGUGAUCCGCUGUAAGUGCCCGCUGCAGGGGACGCCGGUGGGCUACGCCGUGCCCUGCUGCCGCAACGCCAUCAACGAGUGCGACCCCUGCAUCAUCCAUCCAGGCUGCAGCAUAUUUGAGAACUGUAAACGGUGCAACAACGGGACGUGGGGCCCCAGGGACAACUUCUUCAUCGGCGGCGAGUACUGUUCCGAGUGUCGGCCCGGCUGGUCCGGAGGAGAUUGCAUGAAAUGCGGGGGGGUGAUCCGAAAACAACAGGGCCACCUGGUGCUGGAAAGUUACCCCAACAAUGCUCGGUGUGAGUGGACCAUACAAGUGGAUCACCCCUUUACUGUCGAGCUCAGGUUCAUGAUGCUGAGUUUGGAGUCCCACCAUUCGUGCCGCUACGACUUCGUGGAGGUCCGAGACGGCGACAGCAUCAACUCUGGCGUGAUCGGUCGCUUUUGUGGGAACAACAGACCCGCUCCCAUCCACAGCUCUGGCAACAGUUUGCACAUCCUCUUUGUGUCCGACGGCUACAAGAACUUUGAUGGUUUCUUCGCCACUUUCCAGGAAAACUCAGCCUGCAGCUCCUCUCCCUGCCUGCACGACGGGACCUGCAUCCUGGACACUUCCUACACUUUUCACUGCGCCUGUCUGGCCGGCUACACUGGCAGGAGAUGCGAAAGCGUGGUGGGAUGCCGCCGGCCCCCGGUGCCUCGUCGCGGCUCCACGGACGGCCUCUACCACCACUCCGGCGCACGCGUCACCUUCCGCUGCGACGCCGGCUUCGAGCUGCGCGGGUUCCGCAGCGCCGUCUGCCUGAGCGACGGCACGUGGAGCGCACCCGCCCCGGAAUGCGUGCCGGUGCAAAGGGUGUGCGCCCUCCCGCCCAAGCCGUCGCAUGGGGAUCACUUCCUGGUCUACGGGCCCAAUGACGUCCUGAUUGCGCUGCAGUACCUGUGCCACCAGCCCUACGAACUCAGCGGCAGCUCCCAGAGGACGUGUCUCCCCAACAACACGUGGAGCGGUGCUGCCCCUGCUUGUACCAAAGUAAAUAACACUCUGACUGAAGCAGAAAAAAGCAAAGACAAAACUACAGAGACAGGGAGCAAAGACAAAGGAAAGGACGACAGCAGAACUAAAGACAAAGUGGAAGAGAGCACAACCAACACUGUGUACGAGACGACGACCGCAGCCACUAAAGAUGAAUAUACAGCGACGACGGUGGAAACACGCACAGAGAGACCCAGUGGUGGCAGCAAAGACAAGGUGCAUAGUGAAGACUCAGAUAACAGUCUGAACACUGUUGAAACCAAAGCACCUGAUGUAUUAAAGCGUCCUGAGAAAGAGGAGGGAAGCCCAGACCCACACCUGGACAAAGACAAGACUGAUUCUACACAGGUUGUAAGAAAAGACAAAGGGCAAGAGGAGAAUGAGAGAAAGGAGGAGCAGGUGAAUGGAAAAAGAGACCCGGGCGAAGUGGGCCCCAACGACACCAAGCUGGGACCGGUCCCGUCGGAGGAGGACAACGCCGCGGAGGAGGCGACGAAGAACGGCACCUUUAAGUACGAGGCGAAGGACAAGAAGGAGAACGGCACGGGCGGUUCCCACGACAACCGGAGGACGGUCAUUCCCUCCAGAGUCAACGUCACGCAGUACACCCUGUACAGAGCGGGGGGCGAGGAGGGGCCGGCCGCCAAGGAGCCCGCGGAGAAAAGCGAGGAGUCGGAGCGGGAGAGGAAGGAGAAGGAGGAGGAGGAGGAGAAGGAGAAGGAGGCCAACCAAAGCUUCUCAGAGCGAAGCUGCCCUCCUCUGCCCCGCCUCUACCACGGCUACCGGCAGGCGCUGCCGGGCCCGGAGCCCCGCGCCGUGGAGUUCCACUGCAACCACUCGUACGCGCUGAGCGGCGACGCGCGGCGCGUCUGCCGGCCCGACGGCACCUGGAGCGGGACGCAGCCCAUCUGCGUCAGAGCGUGCCGGGAGCCCAAAGUCUCCGAGCUGGUUAAACAGAGGGUCCUUCCGCCUCAGGCGCCGUCCAGGAAGAGCCCCGUGCACAAGCUGCUGGGCCCGCAGCUCCAGGCCCACGGCCCCACGAAGGGCCCCCCCGCGCUGCCCCGGCUGCCCCACGGCUUUCACCCCCUCUACACCCACAUCGAGUACGAGUGCGCCUCGCCCUUCUAUCAGCACUCCGGCAGCGCUCGGCGGACCUGUUUGAAGACCGGGAAGUGGAGCGGGCGCCAUGUGUCCUGCUCACCAGUGUGUGGGAAGCAUCCGACCUUUGACCCCCGGAGGCCGGCAGAGGCCCACUGGCCUUGGCUGGCGGCCAUUUACCGCCGCUCGACCCACGGCGCCGAGACCAAGUUGACCAAGGCCGACGGCCCGGCGGGGUGGAAGGACGGCGCCGACGCAGGCCAGAACCAGAACCGGGCCGCCGGCUGGCAGCUGGUGUGCAGCGGCGCGCUGGUGAACCAGAGGAGCGUGGUGGUGGCAGCUCACUGCGUGACGGAGCUGGGGAAGGUGUAUCCUCUGGAUGCAGCCAAGGUCAAGGUGGUGGUGGGGAAGCACUACCGGGAUGACGUCAGGGAGACGAAGGGCCUCCAGCACCUGAGGGUCGCCUCCAUUGCGGUCCAUCCCAACUACGACCCCAACAUCCUGGACUCUGACAUGGCUGUGCUCAAGUUGCUGGACAAAACGAAGGUUGGGGAGAGGGUCCUGCCGCUCUGCCUGUCGGAGAGCCCGGGAGAGGAGCUGCCCUCUGGACACGGGCUGGUGACGGGCUGGUCGCCGCUGCCCGACCCCGGCCCGGGCCCCGACGAGCGGGCGCGGGUGGGGCUGGUCCGCCUCGCCGACGUGGUGCCGUGCGAGCAGCAGUACGCCCGCAACGGCGUUCCGGUGGGCGUCACGGACAACAUGCUCUGCGCCAGCCAGAAGCCAGACUACGGACCCUCCAACAUAUGUCCCUCCGACACCGGGGGGAUCCUCGUCCUCCCCGCUGCCGCCGAGGACCAGGCACCUCUGGGCUACGCGGAGAACGGCAAAGGGCUGUGGACGCUGAUUGGGCUGGUGAGCUUCGGGUACGACCAGGGGGAGUGCGACCCCGACCUCUACACGGUCUACACGCGUGUGGCCAACUUCAAAGACUGGAUAGAGAGCAAUAUGAAAUAAAGAGCCGACGGUGCGACUCCCGUGGUCCCCCUCGGAGCUUUGACUCUACUCACAGGCCUCUCCCUUACGUUUGAUCCGCUCCCCGGAAACUGCUCGGUGUCGCUCACGAGGGUAUUUUCCUACUCAACGCAGAAGCAACACUGGACAACGCAGUGCUCUAACUGAAGGGCGCUAACACGAUGGACGUGGCCGCGUCGACCCGCAAUAGGAAGCCUUCAGCGCACAGGUCUGGAGCCUGAGGUAAACGACUUGAAACUGACCAGAAAACCAGAUGCUGGUUUGUCUUGUACCCACCGGUGUGUGUAUAUACUGUAUUUUGUAAUGUAGUAAAGCGCUCUAUAAGUUCAUACGACUCAAGAGAUGUACAUAUUGUACGGGAAGACGUUUGUAAUAAAGGAAAACGUGGG